GGCACCUGGCGGAAAGAAAUGCUUGCAUCCACAAAAAUACAUGGCUACCUGUAAUGAUAUUGAAACUCAGCUGCAGCAUUGCUUGCUGAACACUGGACUUCCAACUCUGAAUGUUGACAUAGAUGAUCCAAACCCUGUGGCCUUUAUACCCCACACCAAGAGAACUGUAUGUUAUAUUGUAUGUGGGUUGUUAAUAAAUGACCAGAAUGAAGUCCUCAUGAUGCAGGAAGCAAAGGAGUCCUGUCGGGGGAAAUGGUAUCUACCUGCAGGAAGGCUGGAGACAAAUGAAACACUGAAGGAAGGAGCUAAAAGGGAAGUGUUGGAGGAGACUGGUCUGGAAUUUGAACCCCAAACACUUUUGUCAGUUGAAACACAAUGCGGUACCUGGUAUAGGUUUACUUUUACUGGAAAAGUAACAGGUGGGAAAUUAAAAACCCUGAAAGAGCAAGAUGCUGAAUCACUUCAAGCAAAAUGGUACUCUGUGGAAAGCAUUAAAGAAGAACUACCUCUCAGGUUGAAGGAUAUUCUCUAUUUAAUAGAGAUAGGACAAAGAUACCAUAAUUUGGAUGAUAAAGGAAGGCCUCCUCCUUGCAUGCCUCUCAUAACACCACACCAAAAAUGUUUACUUCGUCUUUUCAUUGUUGCUGUAUGCAGUGACAGGGAGAAAGUUCUAGUCUGCAGUAAGGAUUUCCCUCAUUUACCAGUAGUAGUAAUAUAUGGGCGAAAAGACAAUCUCAAGUAUGCAGUUUCAAGAUGUUUACAGGUUGCUCUAAACGCUGGACAAAAUACCCCAGACAUCAAAGUUUGUGGUGUAUUGUCAGUUGAACAUUCGGGUGAUUUGGAAGCAGUAAAUGAUGGUAUAUGUCUAACAGUGUUAUAUCAAAUGAAAGCAGAACCCAUGACUUGGAAAGACUACAAGUGGCAUUCCAUUGAGAACAGCGAUUUGAGAAUACAGCUCAGGAACAAGAUGAGAGAAGGCUCAACUGUGCCUUUAUUGAUGCAUUAAAAUGAAUUUGUUAGAAUAUGUGUCUCCAUUCCAAAUAAGGACUAAUGGCCCUUGAGUUCAUAGCCAGGGUACACAGGAAUUGAAUUUAUUUUAUCUAUGAAGCUUACUAUACCAUCAUAUCUUCAAAGCUAUGUUAAUGUAUGCACAACAUGAGCACAGCCAGAGACGUGAUUGAUAAUAAUAAAUUUGAUUUAAAGACUAAUGCAGUGUUCUAAGAACACUUCACUUUGAAAGUCAAACAGUAAGGUGCAUUAAACAUCUUAAAUUUUUGAGGUAUUGAUAAUCAAAAUGUCAAUGGGAGUUUGUGAAAUUGUAUUGGC